GCGGCCAAGCGGAGCCGGGACGGCCCCGCGGGACCGGAGGAGCGCGACGCCGGGGCCGGGGCAGUGCGCGGCCGGGGCCGACCCGAAGCGCUGCUGGACCUCAGCGCCAAGCGAGUAGCCGAGAGCUGGGCCUUCGAGCAGAUUCCAGCCUCCGGACCUGCCUCCAUCGGAGACACCCCCAGAGAUCUCCUCCAAGAUCCUUAACUCUGCCCGAGACAUCCCCUCAUCCUCCCAUUUCACUCCUUCAAACCCUAUGACCCACCCCCAUCCCUUCCCCAGCAGCUCUGCCCUUCAGCCCACAAGACCCAGGGGUUCCCUCAGUGCCCCAGAUCCCAACUCGGGACACUUUUUCUCCUCCUGCCCCAUGGUCCUCUCACAACCCUGGGUACCUCUCUUUUCCCACCUUAUCCUCAUCUCCCAAUUAGGGCACCCCAUUCAAUCCUCACUCCUCUCUCCAACUCCUACAAGCUGCCCCCACUUGGGAACAGAGCAGAUCUCAGCACCUAGAGACUCCAGAUCUCUGUCCUACACCCCCAGUAGAGGACUCCCCCACUUAUAUAGAUCCCGGCCCCAAGACACCCCUUUCUGUCUCCAAUCCCUGCCUCCAGCCUCCAGAAUCUACCUGUCCCAUGGGGACCCCCUUCUUCUCCUGCAGAUCCUUCCCGCAGGCACUAACACUCACACACCCCUCAGUAAUUCUGGAACUACCUCCCACCUGGGGCUGCCCAGCCCCUCCUGGCUGGCUGCAGAGAUUACUCCAUCGUCAGAGUCCCCCCUCCCCAUUACCCCAUGCUCACUCUCCCCUUGCCCCGCAGCCAUCUUAGUCCUUCCAGAGUUUGGCAGCAGGUGUGGGGCCUGGGUUUCGGUACCUGGACAGGUGCACCUGGAAUCCUGCCCCUAUAACUUCUGGGGGGCCCUGCCAGGAUGCCCCAGGGCUGGGCAAAGUCCCCUUUCCCAGCCUCAGUGUGGGUCCCCACGGAGCUGGGUUGUGGCCAGGACCUGAGCAAGCCUUCCUUGGCCCCCACAGGCUCUGUCCUCUGUUUGGCCUUGGGGGGCUUUCUUUGCUCCCUGGCCUCUCCAGAGUGAGUCUGCUGCGACUGACGGGUCUGGGCCAAGUGUGGAUAGGGCGGGCUCUGAUUCAUGGCCUGGAAAAUCCCUCCUUAGUCAUCUGCCAACUGUCCCCGAGGCCUGGGCCAGUCACUGGUCCUCCCACUUCCCUUUCAAACCUAGGACUGGGGGCUCUGAAAGGUCCCUGCCCCUUCAUUGUGUGUGAGACCCCCCCCAGAGUAAUCCUAAAACCUUCUCCAGGGCUCCCAUGUACCUGCCCUGGGCAGGUCUGGCCCUAGGAAACCUCUUGCCCUGCAGAAACUCACGGAAUCCUCUGCAGCCUUUUGGGAGUUGUUCUCCUUCUUUGAGGAAACUGGGGCACAGAGAGGUUGAGAAACUUGCCCAAGGACACUCAGCCAGUGAGUAGCAAGCCUGGAUUGGAACGCAGGCUCAACCAGAUCAGUUCAUUGCCCAAAGCCCCCAGGGGUGAGCAGGACACCCCUCCCUUCCUGAGAACCCUUAGCAGCUGGAGCAGAGAGCCUGUCUUGGGAGCUGGAGCUCACCAGCUGUGGGACCCUGAACAAGUGAAUUCACUCCGCCUCUGAGCCUCAGAUUCCCCAGGCUGCAAAAAUACUGGGUUGUUGCUAUGAGAAUUAAGGGAAAUCGCACACAUAAAGCAUUUAGCACAAUGGAGGCUAAGAACAUGUAGGCCUGAUCACUGGUCUUCUUAUCACAUUUGUCUUCCUUCCUCGUCCCCCCUCAAAGCCUGAGAGGUGAGACUACCUUACAUUAGGACCCUGAGACCUGACAUCCAGGAGGGAAGCCGCAGAAAGUUCCAGAACACUAACAAUAGGCCAGGUGUUAUUGUAAGCGCUGUACAUAUAUUAGUGUAUAUGUGAUAUUCAUGACACCCAGAAGGCGGGUGCUCUUAACAUCUUCUUACACUCGAGAAAAAACAAAGUCCAGAGAGGCAAAGUGACUUGCCCAAGGUCAUACUACUUGUAAGCAGCAAAGCCAGGAUUCAAGCGCCAGGGUUUCUAACACACCGGGCCUUCCCACAGGUCGAGGAGCGGUUCUCCCGGGUGCCAGAGCCGGUCCAGAAACGCAUCGUGUUCUGGUCGUUUCCACGCAGUGAGCGGGAGAUAUGUAUGUACUCAUCACUGGGCUACCAGCCCCCGGAGGGCGAGCACGAUGCCCGGGUGCCCUUCACCCGUGGACUGCACCUGCUACAGAGCGGGGCCGUAGAUCGUGUGCUGCAAGUGGGGUUCCACCUGAGCGGAAAUAUCCGGGAGCCAGGGGGCCCUGGAGACCCCGAGCGCCUUUACCAUGUCUCCAUCAGCUUUGACCGCUGCAAGAUCACAUCCGUGAGCUGCGGCUGCGACAACCGAGACCUCUUCUACUGUGCUCACGUGGUGGCCCUGUCGCUGUAUCGCAUUCGGCAUGCCCGCCAGGUGGAGCUGCGGCUACCCAUCUCCGAGACACUCUCCCAGAUGAACCGGGAUCAGCUGCAGAAGUUCGUGCAGUACCUCAUCAGUGCCCACCACACUGAGGUGCUGCCCACUGCUCAGCGCCUGGCGGACGAGAUCCUCCUGCUGGGCUCCGAGAUCAACCUGGUGCAUGGUGCCCCAGACCCCACGGCGGGCGCGGGCAUCGAGGACGCCAACUGCUGGCACCUGGACGAGGAGCAGAUCCAGGAGCAGGUGAAGCAGCUGCUUUCCAACGGCGGCUAUUAUGGCGCCAGCCAGCAGCUGCGCUCCAUGUUCUGCAAGGUGCGGGAGAUGCUGCGAAUGCGGGACUCCAAUGGCGCACGCAUGCUGAUCCUCAUGACUGAGCAAUUCCUGCAGGAUCCGCGCCUGGCCCUGUGGCGGCAACAGGGCGCCGGCAUGACGGACAAGUGCCGCCAGCUGUGGGAUGAGCUGGGGGCCCUGUGGGUGUGUAUCGUCCUGAGCCCCCACUGCAAACCAGAGGAGCGGGCGAGCUGGCUCCAGAUGCUUACCAAGUGGGACAAGCUGGACGUGUGCCCACUGGAGGAAGGCAACUACUCUUUUGAUGGGCCCAGCCUGCAGCCCACCGUAGCCCUCAGCCCAGGCCCAGAGGAGGAGGAGGAGGAGGAGGAGGUGGAGGCUGCAGGUUCCCGCCACACCGUGUUUGGCCGCGCCCUGCAGGCUGGGUCGCUGCACUGGAGUGACGCCCACCUGCAGAGGAUCCUGGCCAGCGACUCCUACGGCCCCAGCCUCACAAGCAACGGGGGUGGUGACAAGCCAACCUUUGACCCCCAGGGCCGCCCACUCUGGCUGGGCGAGCCCUUCCCCACUGCCUGCGCACGUGUGGACACCCUGAGGGCCCACGGAUACCCCCGCCAGGCCCUGCGACUGGCAGGCGCCAUAGUCAACACACUCCGGCUGCAGCGGCGACAUCAGCUUGAGACCUACAAGCAGCAGAAAAAAGAGCUACUGCAGAAAGGCUCCACCUGCAUCACCAACAUGGAAGGAUGGGUGGGCCACCCCCUGGACCCCAUUGGCUGCCUCUGCAGGGCACUCUUGGAGGCCUGUCACCUAGAGGAGGAGACCCUUGCCAUUUACCCAGAAUCAGGCCCUGAGAAGCGGAAGGUGGCCUACCAGCACGUCCCGGUGCCCGGGAGCCCUGGGGAGUCCUACCUGGCAAUGGCGCUAGAGGUGGCACUGCUGGGCCUGGGACAGCAGCGGGCCCUGCCCGAGGGGCUGUAUGCCCAGGACAAGGUGGUACGCAACGAGGAGCAGCUGCUGGCCCUGCUAGAGGAGGUGGAGCUGGACGAGCGGCUGGUGCAGGUGCUGCGCAAGCAGGCGGGACAGCUGCUGGAAGGGGGUCCCUUCAGCGGCUUUGGAGAAGUGCUGUUCCGCGAGAGCGUGCCCAUGCACACCUGUGCCCGCUACCUGUUUACUGCACUGCUGCCCUACGACCCCGACCUGGCCUACCGCCUUGCGCUGCGAGCCAUGAGGCUGCCCAUACUGGAGACAGCGUUUCCAGCUGGAGAACCUCACGGCAACCCACUGGAUUCCAUCGUGAGCAACCGUUUCCCCCGCUGGUUCAUCCUCGGCCACCUGGAGACCCGCCAGUGUGAACUGGCCUCUGCCAUGCUGACCGCCGCCAAGGGAGACCCCAAGUGGCUGCACGCAGUGCUGGGCUCCAUCCAGCAGAACAUCCACUCUCCAGCCUUGCUCUUCAAGCUGGCGCAGGACGCCUGCAAGACUGCCACGCCGGCCAGUGCACCACCAGACACCACACUGCUGGGCAUUGCGCUGGAGCUUGGCUUGCAGGUGAUGCAGAUGACCCUGAACACCAUGACCUGGCGUCGGAGGGAGAUGGUGCGCUGGCUGGUCAGCUGUGCCACGGAAGUCGGCCUGCAAGCCCUGAUGAACAUCAUGCAGAACUGGUACUCCUUAUUCACACCGGUGGAGGCAGCCACCAUCGUGGCAGUGACGGGCACCACCCAUGCCACGCUGUUGCGGCUGCAGCUGGAUGCGCCCCGGCGGGAGGAGCUCUGGGCAUGCGCCCGCACCCUGGCCUUACAGUGCGCCAUGAAGGACCCGCAGAACUGCGCCCUGCCCGCCCUCACCCUGUGCGAGAAGAACCACGCGGCCUUCGAGGCGGCCUACCAGAUCGUGCUGGACGCCGCAGCCGGAGGCCUGGGCCACGCCCACCUCUUCACCGUGGCCCGCUACAUGGAGCACCGCGGCCUGCCGCUGCGGGCCUACAAGCUGGCGACGCUGGCCCUGGCGCAGCUCAGCAUCGCCUUCAACCAGGACAGCCACCCGGCCGUCAACGACGUGCUCUGGGCCUGCUCGCUCAGCCACUCGCUGGGCCGGCACGAGCUCUCCGCCAUCGUUCCCCUCAUCAUCCGCAGCAUCCACUGCGCCCCCAUGCUCUCCGAUAUCCUGCGCCGCUGGACCCUCUCGGCGCCCGGCCUGGGGCCCCUCGGGGCUCGCCGGGCUGCCAAGCCGCUGGGCGCCGACCGGGCGCCGCUGUGCCAGCUGCUGGACGCGGCGGUGGCCGCCUACAUCACCACCAGCCACUCCCGCUUGACGCACAUCAGCCCGCGGCACUACGGCGACUUCAUCGAGUUCCUGGGCAAGGCCCGCGAGACCUUCCUGCUGGCGCCCGAUGGGCACCUGCAGUUCGCCCAGUUCCUGGAGAACCUCAAACAGACCUACAAGGGCAAGAAGAAGCUCAUGCUCCUGGUGCGGGAGCGUUUCGGCUGAGGGGCAGCUGGCAGGCGGUGGGGACAUCCGCCUUCGCGCCUGCUUCUGUGGCACCCGCCCUCCAUCACGGGCCUCAACACUGGAGGCCUAUGUGGCAUUUCAGUAUUAAGUCAGGGAAGGAGCCCGGCUGCAGCUGGGUGGUCUGGCCUGCCAUCCCCUCCAAGCCCAGAAGGAGGUGGGAAGCAGGGGGUCGCAUCCUGCCACAUGCGUGCCUAGGGCACACGCGUGCCUAGCGAGUGCAAGGGUCAGAAGCCACACCACCACCCAGAGGCCUGGCAGGGGUGUGUGCUUGUGCAGCCGGUAUGACCCCACCUUGAGCGCCCCAAAGGCAAUAGGCAAGCUCUCCCUCCCCAAACCCACAGGUCUCCCUUGGGCUGGGGGGGAUGAGCUGGGAGGCAGGACUUUCCAGAAACUGGCUCUCAGAGUCAACGUAGCAGACCCUCCCCGCAACCAACUCUGGGUGCCCGGAGGGCUUGCGUUAGGGCAUCUAAACUCCUUUUGUACCCUCCCCUCACUGCCUCAGGGGUCCCACCCGCAGGCCUGCGCCCCCUCCAGGCUGCAGAGCUGGGACCAAUGGCUCACCCCCACUGAAGGAUCUGAAGAGGCUUCAGGCCUCGGCCACAUACCUCACCACCCGUCCCGCCAGGACUCCCAUUCCCUUGGGUGCCAGGGUCCCAGGGUGGGCUGGGGGCUCAUUACUGUCCCUCCCCCUACCUGCUAGUCACUGGACAUACAACUCAGGAACCGAGCCAGGCUCACACUGUCCUCCAAACCUGGUGUGUGUGGGGGAUACAAGCGCAGGCAAGCCAGGGACCCCCCCCCCCUUCCCCCUGAUCUAGAAAGGAAAGAGGCCAACAUCUUAGCAUUUUUUGGCCCUCUGUCUCUCCCUUUCUGGUCCUCUGCCUCCCUGCUCUGCCCUUCAUCUUACUCCCCCUCCCCAUAUUUCUCUCCAUCUAGCCUGUCUUUCUAUUUGCAUCCCCAAGUCCCAGCUGCUGUCUCUCUUUGGCCUCCCUUUCCCCCACCUUGGCCCAGGGAGGAGAGUGUCCCACCCCACGAUCACCCUCCUCUAUCUUUUCUCCUCUUGUAAUUAAGUACAAAGAUUACCACAUUUUGUAACUUUUUUUCUAUUUAUUGAACCAUAUAUUGUAUUUCCUUUUUUUUAAAGGUUGAACACAG